UUAUAUUUCUUCAGUGUUUGCUUUCCACUUUCACAGUCAUUCCAAUAAUAAUCUUUUCUCUCAACAACUUUGGCUUUCAGUAAUGUCACCUAACCCCAUCGUUCAAUACACCGCUUCUUCAUCUCAUACAAUUUACAGAUACGAUGUAUUUGUGAGCUUCCGUGGUGAAGACACACGCUACAACUUCACUGGUUUUCUCUUAGAAGCUCUCUGUAGAAAAGGCAUCGAUGCCUUCAAAGAUGAUGAAAAUCUCAAAAAAGGUGAAUUCAUAGCACCCGAGCUCCUCCAUGCCAUUCAAAGCUCUCGACUUUUCAUUGUUGUCUUCUCAAAGAACUAUGCUUCCUCCACCUGGUGCUUGCGUGAACUGGCAGAGAUUCGUAACUGCAUUCAAACUUCCCCAAGACGUGUUAUACCUGUCUUUUAUGACGUUGAUCCUUCGGUGGUGCGCAAACAAAGUGAAUGUUAUGAGAAUGCAUUUGCAGAACACGAAAAGAGAUUCAGAGAAGACAAAGCGAAGAUGAAGGAAGCUGAGAGAUGGAGAGAAGCCCUCAAAGAAGUAGCCGAUAUCUCUGGCUGGGAUAUUCGAAAUAAGCCACAAUAUGUAGAAAUUGAAGAAAUUGUUCAAAACGUAAGAAAUAUUUUGGGUCCCAAAAUUUGUAGUCUUCCAAAGGAUGAACUAGUUGGGAUAGAGCGUGGACUUGAAAAAUUAGCAAAUCUUGUUUGUUUUGAAUCCGUUAAUAAUGUUCGAGUUGUUGGAAUCAGUGGGAUGCCUGGCAUAGGAAAGUCUAUUCUUACUCGAGCUUUAUACGAAAGAAUCUAUCAUCAAUAUGAAUUUCAUUGUUUUAUUGAUGAUGUAAGCAAAAUAUAUCGAGAUUCAAGUUUAUUAGGUUUACAAAAGCAAUUAAUUUCUCAGUCUCUAAAUGAGAAAAAUCUAGCAAUUUCAAAUUCUAUUGAGGGAACAUGUUUGAUGUGGUCUAGGCUGCACAAUGUUAGGGCACUUGUUGUUCUGGACAACGUUGAUGAAUUUGUACAACUAAAGAUGUUUACAGGAAACAGAAACACUUUGUUGCGUGAAUGCUUAGCUGGAGGGAGCAUCAUCAUCGUAGUUUCUAGGGAUGAACAUAUAUUGAAGAGGUAUGGAGUAGAUUACAUUUAUCAAGUCCAGCCAUUGAAUCGCGAAAAUGCUAUGCAGCUGUUUUGCAGAAAUGCUUUCAAAGUUAAUCAUAUUUUGAGUGCUUAUGAAAUGUUGGCAUGGGAUAUACUAUCUCUUGCAAAUGGCCAUCCCUUGGCAAUUGAAGUAAUUGGGUCAUCUUUGUUUAAUCGAGAUGUGUCUCAAUGGGAAAGUGCAUUGGCCAGGCUAAAAGAAAAAAAUAGUAAUGAUAUUAUGGAUGUUUUUCGUGUAAGUUUUGAUCAGCUGGAUGAAGAUCACAAAGAAAUAUUUUUGGAUAUUGCAUGUGUCCUAUGCGAUUAUGAUGAGAAAUAUGUCAAGGAAGUUCUAAACUUUCGUGGAUUUCAUGCUGAUUAUAGUCUACAAGUUCUGCUUGAGAAAUCACUAAUAUCAAAAAUGGGUACGUGUAUUUAUAUGCACAGCUUGUUAAAGGAUUUGGGCAGGUAUAUUGUCAAAGAAGAAUCACCUAAGGAACCCCUAAAGAGGAGUAGGUUGUGGGAUUACAAAGAUUUCUGCAAAGCUAUGUUGAACAAUCAGACAACUGAAAUUCUUGAAGUCAUAGCUGUCAAUUCAGGAGGUUGGAUUCCAGGUUGGAAAUCUGAAACUGUGAGGAUAAAUGGUCUAUCGAAAAUUGAAAAACUUAAAUUUCUUAGACUUGAGAACGUGAAGUGUUCAGGAAGUCUCAGUCAUCUUUCCAAUGAACUUGGAUAUCUUACUUGGAACAAGUAUCCUUUUGAUUGUUUGCCUCAAAGUUUUGAGCCAGAGAAACUAGUUAAGUUAAAAUUGAGAGAGAGCAGUAUUCAAAGACUAUGGAGUGGCACAAAGGGGCUACCUAAUUUGAAGCAUUUGGAUCUCUCUUACUCCAACAAAUUAGUUGAGAUGCCAGAUGUUGCAGAGGCCCCAAAUCUUGAAGGGAUACUUCUUGAAGAUUGCAUACAGCUCCGAAAACUCAGUCCAUCAAUUGGUCUUCUGAGCAAGCUUACUAUUUUGAAUUUGAAAGGCUGUAAAAACUUAGUAGGCUUACCCAAUAGCAUAUUGGGCCUGAAUUCUCUUGAAUAUCUGAGUGUCUAUGGUUGUUCAAAACUGUUUAAUAAUGUGUUAUUAGAUGAAGCAAGUAACACAGAGCAUUUGAAGAAUCUUUGUUCACUUAAAGGUCCUAUUCAGUCCCACUCAACAUUCCCUUUAAGAAAAGAAGCACGAAGAGAGUCAGUUAGUUGUUUGUUACCCUCCUCUCCUACUCUCCCUUGUUUGCGUGAACUCGAUCUAAGAUGGUGUAACUUAGUUAAAAUCCCUGAUGUCAUUGGAAAGUUAUGUUGCUUAGAAAAGUUAAAUUUGGAGGGAAACAAUUUUAUUACAUUGCCUAACCUCAAGGACCUUUAUAGACUAUAUUAUUUAAACUUACAGCAUUGCACGCUAUUGAAAUACUUGCCCGACCUCCCUUCACAGACCAACUUGCCCCCAAAGGUUUACUCUCAUGAGGAGCAAUAUAGGGAAGCCAUCUUUGUUUAUUCAAGAAAGAACAAUAUAUAUGUGGCAGGAUUAAAGAUGGUCGAUGGCCCAGAAAUAGAAAUGCUUGACUGGGAUCGGUGCACUAGCAUGGCUAUUUCAUGGAUGCUACAAAUUCUUCAGUCGUGGUACAACUCGGACUGUCUUACAUCCCUUCCAUUCCUCAAAAGUCUUGGAAGUUCUACCCAUGGAUAUGAAAUACCAAAGUGGUUCAACAAUGAGUUUGUGAGCAUGGACGAUUCAAUAAUCAUAGAUGCCUCUCCUUUUGUGCAUGACAAUAAUUGGGUUGGUGUUGUGUGCUGUGCAAUACUUAGUCAAACUAGGUAUUUGGGAAAGUACAAGUUAGGUAAUAUGUGCCUAUUUUAUUACUCUCGUCAACAGUUCUGCCAUGAACAACGCAUAUUUCGGGACAAACUUAAUACACGUGACUUGAGUUUGACACGUGACUUAGUACGCAUAUUUGACGUGCAAUUUCCUAAGUUUAAAGUGAAAAAAUAUGGGUAUCGGUGGGUAAGUGUGCAAGAUCUACAUGAUCCAUGGUUGAAAUUUGGCAGCUCCAUACCUUCAGAAGACACAAAAUUGUUAUUAUAAAAUUCACUUGUUUUAAAAGUAAGGUGAGAAGAAAUGCCCAUUGCCUUUCCUUACAAGACACAAUAAAUUUCAUUUCUCAUAUUUUAUUUUUUUAGUUUCUCUUCACUUGAACUCAAGCAGGUUAAUGUUCUACUAAUUUUAAAUGUGCAAAGUUAACUUAAAUAAACCGCUUACUUCUAC